AACUCCAUAAGUCGAAACGUUCAUUUCCAGAGUAGAGCUAUAGGCCCUUUUAAAGCUCGAAUUCCGAACCAUUUCUAUUCUAUUUAACAAAAGCAAAGAAACGAAAAAUAAUGAACUUUGGUAAGUAGGAAAAAUAACUGAGAAAAAGAGUAAAGAGAGAGAAAGAGAAAAUGGAAGAAGAGCAACGGAAUAUUGGAAGGGCAUCGAGAUCUGCGCGCAAGUACAACUGGGGUUUGCUUGAAGAUGAAGCUUCAAUGCCGGUGAAUCUUCAGUUUAGCCGUUCAGUCGAAUCUUAAUUUGUUUCCCGAAUCCCCUUUCUCUUCUUCUUUCUUUGUUUCUUUUCUUUUUUUAGUGAAAACUCGCUGCGUAAUCGCCAAGAUUUUCCGUUAAAGCUUUUUGACGGAUUUUCUCUCUCUAAAUUAGCUCUUUUUCUUCUCCUUCACGUUUUGAGGUUCCAAUUCCAGUUCCAGAUCACUGCGUUCUCGCUUCCCCUCUUCGCCAUUUUCAAAUUUCCAGGGAAGAAGAACGCUGUGAUCACAAUCAGCCUUAACUAUCGUCAGGGGUUUCUCAACAAACAACACUAUAUGAAGCCAAAUUUAUUUUCUGUAGUUUUACUUUUCCUUGCGCUCAUUUUUGUUGACCGAACCAUCGCUGACAUAGAUUCAGAUAAAGAGGCCCUCCUUGACUUCAUUUCUGCUGUCCCUCAUGGCCGUAAAGUUAACUGGAAUCCUGCUACCCCAGUCUGCAAAACUUGGGUUGGCAUCACUUGCAACUUAAAUGGCUCCAAUGUGAUUGCUGUCCGGCUUCCUGGUGUUGGACUCUUUGGCCCAAUUCCUGCCAACACUCUUGGGAAGCUGGACGGCCUUAUUAGCCUUAGUCUUCGAUCCAACCGACUUAACGGGACACUUCCAUCUGACAUCCUAUCCCUUCCUUCACUCCGAAAUGUAUACCUGCAAAAUAACACUUUUUCAGGAAAUAUUCCCUCUUCUCUAUCUCCCCGUCUCACCUUUUUUGAUGUAUCCUUCAACUCAAUUAGCGGCCAGAUUCCCGCUGUUUUUCAAAAUCUAACCCGUCUCACUGGGCUGAACCUCCAGAACAACUCCCUCACUGGACCCAUCCCUGAUUUGAACCUUCCAAGACUUAGGUAUUUGAACUUGAGCUACAACCACCUAAAUGGUUCAAUUCCUACUGCCCUAAGAACAUUUCCCAUCUCUUCCUUUACAGGGAACCUGAUGUUAUGUGGGCCACCACUUGACCAAUGUGUCCCUCCGUCACCUUCUCCUUCCUCCGCUAAUUUGCCACCUGAGCCAACAGCUCCUCCGAAACCAGAAAAGGGUUCCAAAAAGAAACUAAGCACUGGAGCCAUUAUUGCUAUUUCGGUUGGGAGUUUUGCAGUGCUUUUUCUUCUAGUUCUGAUCGUUGUGCUUUGCUGUAUGAAGAAAAAAGACAGUGGAGGCAGUGGUGUGGCAAAGCCAAAGAGUGGAAGGAGUGAGCCGCCAAAGGAGGACUUUGGGAGUGGAGUACAAGAGGCUGAGAAGAACAAGUUGGUUUUCUUUGAAGGUUCUUCUUACAACUUUGAUCUUGAGGAUCUACUUAGAGCUUCAGCUGAAGUGCUGGGGAAAGGAAGUUAUGGGACUACCUAUAAGGCUAUCUUGGAAGAGGGGACAACGGUGGUGGUUAAAAGGUUAAAAGAAGUUGUGGUCGGGAAAAAGGAAUUUGACCAGCAAAUGGAGAAUGUGGGGAGGGUUAGUCAGAACCCAAAUGUCGUGCCUCUUCGCGCAUAUUAUUAUUCCAAGGAUGAGAAACUCCUUGUUUAUGACUACAUAACAGCCGGCAGCUUUUCUGCAUUACUACAUGGAAACAGGGAAAGUGGACGGAGUCCGCCAGAUUGGGAAUCCAGACUAAAAAUUUCUCUUGGAUGUGCAAGGGGCAUCGCCCAUAUUCAUUCCGCUGCUGGUGGAAAGUUUGUGCAUGGAAACAUCAAAUCCUCCAAUGUCCUCCUCAGCCAAGACCUCAGUGGUUGCAUCUCAGAUUUUGGCCUUGCUCCCCUUAUGAACUUUCCCGCCAUCCCUUCUAGAAGCAUAGGCUACCGUGCUCCCGAGGUGAUCGAAACUCGAAAAUUUAGCCAGAAAUCGGAUGUUUAUAGCUUUGGUGUUAUUCUCCUUGAGAUGUUGACAGGAAAAGCACCAGUUCAAUCUCCAGGGCGUGAUGACGUUGCUGAUCUUCCGAGGUGGGUUCAGUCCGUUGUCAGGGAGGAAUGGACAGCUGAGGUAUUUGAUGUAGAGCUAAUGAAAUACCAAAAUAUUGAAGAAGAGUUGGUGCAGAUGCUUCAAAUAGCAAUGGCGUGUGUAGCGAAAGUGCCAGACAUGAGACCAACUAUGGAGGAAGUUGUCAGGAUGAUUGAGGAAAUCCGGCCAUCUGAUUCCGAGAGCCGGCCGUCACCGGAGGAUAAUAAAUCCAAGGGCCCAGAAACUGAGACCCCAUGAUUGCCCUUCCUAGAAAUUAUUAUUAUUAUUAUUAUUAGAUGAGAUAUACUUCCAUAACGCAUAUGUGGUCAGGCUACUAGAACCAGACUGCAGAGCAAAAAGCACAUGAAACCUUUUCUUACUCAGUUGAGUCCAAUUGUGUGAUUCGUUUUACAGUCAUUUUAGAGUAACAUAGCUUCAUUUGUUUGGCAUUCUUUUCCCCUGUCACGUCGUAUUAUUAGGGGGGAAAAAAUAGUUUAGAACAAUUGUGACUUGAUUGCUCUUGUCUGUGCUGUUGAUGCUUUCCAAGCAGUUGUGUAAAAUUAGUGUAUUCACUGUAAAUGUAAUGUUCAACAAGUUUCCAAGUUCUCGAGUCGUCCUUAUAUUUUUGUGUACAAGUCUAUCGGAAAACAGGGUGAAUUUUUCUCAA